GAACCAUUUGCAAUCGCAACAUUAAACGCAUUUUGUUUUUUUUUUUGUUCCUUUUUGCAAAUUCGUGCAAACGUUUAACAUUUGAAUAAAUUUGCAUCACAAUGCCCAAAGAGAAAUCGCGACGACGCAGUCGGAGCAGGGACAGGAAAACUUCAAGUGGGCACAGUUCGGAGCAGAAGCAGAAACGCAGCCGCGACAAACAGCGGGAGGAGUCCACAGCUCAGUUGCAUCGAGAGCGGGAACCAGAUCGCGAUAGACAUCAGCAGAAGCGUCGGGAGCAGCGAAGUAGGAGCAGAAGCCGAAGCAGGAGCAGGCAGAAGCAGAGGCACGCGGUGAAGGAGCAGUCGCGACGCAAAGAUCAUCAUCGGAAACGCUCCCCAUCCUCCACCUCGUCCUCCUCCUCCUCAUCAUCAUCAUCCGGCUCAUCAUCGUUCGCGGCAGCAGCGACAGCUCGGCGUAGUCGACGCAGUCCCGAAAUGAACUCGAUAAAGCUGCUGCAAACGCUGGAGGAGCGACGGUUGCGGGAGCAACAAGAGCGCCAGCGCAUCAAGGAGCAGCUAAAGGCUAAGGAGACGCCCGAGGAGAAGCGAUCGCGUCGCCUGCGCGAGAAGCAGGCCAAGGAGCAGAGACGUCGCCAGCGCAUGGGCUGGGACAAUGAAUACCAAACGUACUCGAAUGAGGAUAAUCCCUUCGGUGACUCCAAUUUGACGUCCACGUUCCACUGGGGCAAGAAACUGGAGGUCGAAGGCCUCUCCAAUCUGUCCACAAAAACGGUCGAGGUGCUUUCGCUGCAAAAGCAACUGGAGAAUCGUCGCGAACUGGAGAAGGUGAAGAAGCGACGCCAGGAACGCGAACUGGAGCGACAGGCACGUGAGGAUGAUGCCAUGCAGCAGCAGCGUGCCAAGGAAGCGGUUCAAUUUCGCGUAUGGCAGCGCCAAGAGGAUCAAUUCCAUCUGGAGCAGGCCCGGCUGCGCAGCGAGAUUCGAAUAAGGGAUGGUCGCGCAAAGCCCAUCGAUCUGCUGGCCCAGUAUGUGGCCGCUGGGAGCACGGAGACGGCGCUGGAGGAUGCACUCGAGAUGCAAAUGCAUGAACCGUAUAUGCUGCUGCAGGGUCUGCAUAUGGAGGAACUGGAGGAUCUACUCGUUGACAUCAAGGUAUACGAAGAGCUGGAGCAGGGCAGGCACAUUGACUUCUGGAACGACAUGAUCACCAUUGUGCAGGAUGAGCUACAGAAGCUGCUAAAGAUCCAGCAGAGUGAGGCGAACGCAUUGAAUCAGCGACGCGACGGCAUCCAUCAAAGCGUCGUCAAGGAUGUGGCGGACAUCUUUCGCGGCAAGAACGCCAAGCAGCUGGAGGAGAUGCGUUCACGCAUCGAGGCCAAAAUCAGUGGACGUGCCGAUGGCGUUGACAUUAGCUACUGGGAGAGCCUCUUGUCGCAGCUGAAGGCGCACAUGGCGCGUGCCCGACUCCGGGAUCGCCAUCAGGCGCUGCUACGCGAGAAGCUGCAAUUGCUCAAGUGUGAGAACGAAACGGGCGCCGAAGGAGGAGCCACAGUUGUUGGCACAGAUCAGCCAAUGACAAGCACAUGCCCAUUGGCAGCAAUCAAGCAGGAGGACGACGACCACGAUGAGCCCAAUGAUCAACAACAGACGGCGAAGACGGAGGCGGAGGAGACGGAGUUGGAGAUGGAAAUGGAGCAGCCGGAGAUCGAUAGCCCGCUGCGGGAACUACAGAAUGCGGUGCGAAUGUAUCAGCUGGGCAACUACAGUCCCACAUACAUACGCGAGGAUGACUUCAGUGGACGUCGUCUGACCGCUGCCGAUGAGGACAUCGAUGGUGGCCUGUACGCCGACAGCGAUGAUGAGCGUCGUGUGCAGCGCCAGCGUUUGCAGCUCAUACAUCCGGAACGAAUGUCGGAUGCGGCGCCGCUAACCCCACAGGAGCAACGGAUGCGGGGCGAGGCACGCAAGGGGAUGCAGGGCGAUGAGGCCGAGUUCAGUGUGGAGACAACGCUGGAUGCAGUGCCUCAGCUGGCCACCGAUAAGUAUCGGCCUCGCAAGCCGCGCUACUUCAAUCGCGUCCACACCGGCUUCGAGUGGAACAAAUACAAUCAGACGCACUACGACAUGGACAAUCCGCCGCCAAAGAUCGUGCAGGGCUACAAGUUCAACAUAUUUUAUCCGGAUCUCAUGGACAAAUCGCAGACGCCACAAUAUUUCCUCACGCCUUGUGCCGACAAUGGCGACUUUGCGGUGCUCCGCUUCCACACUGGUCCACCCUACGAGGACAUCGCCUUCAAGAUCGUCAAUCGCGAGUGGGAGUUCAGCUAUAAGCGCGGCUUCCGCUGUCAGUUCCACAACAACAUCUUCCAGCUCUGGUUCCACUUCAAGCGCUAUCGCUACAGGCGCUAA